AUGAGUCGUCCCCUGUCAGUUCUGGACAACACAACACCUGAGUCUUCCAAUGUUUGGAUGACAUCUUUGAAUGACAAAUACAAAGCCAGACCUGAAACUCCAGAGUAUGAGGAGAUGUGCAUGGCAGACUUUGCUGCUACUUGCAGGAUUGUCUAUGGCCAACAGACAAAAGGUAAAGAUGUUUUGCCCCUUCUCAAUGAGAUGGGAUUUGUGCAAAGGCGCAAAAACGAUAAGCCUGCUAUCAUCAGAUUUCACCGCUGCUCACAAGAAAAACAUCCAGAGCAAUAUUACGGAAGACUGCUUAAACUGUACCUUCCUCAUCGUUCAGACCAUGAACUGAAAACACCAUCUUUGCCAACCUAUCAGGCUUUCUAUGGUGCUGGCUGUAUACAGCUACCAGGUACUGACCGUCUUGAGUACGUGCAACACACUGUCAAAAGAAACAGAGAAAAAUAUGAGAAAAACAGUGAGGAGAUCGAGAGCGCUGUUGAGGAAUAUGAGCAGAACAGAGGUAUGACUGAUGAAUGGUGUAAUCUGGCACCUGAAUCAGAUCUCGUAAGGUUGCCACUUGUUGAACAAGAAAGAGAGCGAGACAAUGAAAAUGAACAGGAAGAUGUGCCCGACUACAGUCGUCAGGCUGAUGCUUCAACAGAAGUCAGAGCUAUCAGGGAACCCCCUGCUAUUGAUCCCACAUUGUUACGUCAGAUGUUUCAGAAUCUGAAUAAGAAGCAAGCCUGCAUAUUUUAUGCAGUUAGAGACUGGUGCAUUAAAAGAGUCUGUGCUCUAAAUCCAGAGCAGUUUUUCUUUUAUAUUAAUGGUGGUGCUGGAACAGGAAAAUCACAUCUUAUCAAAUGCAUCUACUCAGAAGCAUCUAAGAUACUGAGCAAAGUGCCCAGAUAUGCAGACGACGUUGACAUAUCAAAACCCACUGUCCUGUUAACUGCUUUCACUGGGACUGCAGCUUUUAACAUUUCUGGAACAACACUGCAUUCUCUUCUCAAGCUCCCUAGAAGCUUAAAACCUCCCAUUCAGGGACUUGGCAAUCAGCUGGAUGAAGUCAGAUCAGAACUUUUGAAUGCUGAAAUAAUCGUCAUUGACGAAGUGUCUAUGGUGUCAAGACAUCUCUUUGCAUAUGUAGAUGCAAGACUCAAACAGAUCAAAGGGACUCGGAGACCCUUUGGAGGCAUGUCAGUCAUUGCUGUUGGAGACUUCUAUCAGCUACCCCCAGUGCGACAGUCUAAACCUCUCUGUGUGCACGACCCGUCCGAGAUCGACCUGUGGCGGGAGCAUUUUCAGAUGAUCACUCUGACUGAGAUUAUGCGUCAGAAAGAUGAUGUUGUCUUUGCUGAGAUGCUGAACAGAAUCCGUGUGAAAGGAAAGUUGGAUGUGCUUUGCGAAGCAGAUAGAAAUUUGUUGUCACAGGCCAUAACUGAACCAGCCCUUUGUCCGACUGAUGCGUUGCACAUUUUUGCAACUAAUAAAGAAGUGGAUGCACACAACUCUGCAACACUGGCUCUGCUCCAUACUCAUAUCAUUGACAUCCAUGCAGAUGAUUAUAGAAAAGAUCCUAGAACUGGCAGAAUGGCACUACAAGACAGACCAUUGAAAGGAGGUAAAAACGAGUUACCAGACACACUGAAAGUUGCAGAAGGAGCUCGUGUCAUGCUCACCAGAAACAUUGACAUACAAAAUGGUUUGGUUAAUGGAGCUUUUGGAAUUCUACUUAGAGUAGUUUACUCUGAAAAUGACCAACACAUCAUCAAGCUUGGACUUAAAAUGGAUAAUGAGACAUCUGGAAAGAAUACCCGCACACCAGCAGACGACAUGGUGUACAUUGAGAGAGCAGAGGAGAAUCUGAAGCAGAAAGGAGUGGUACGAAGACAGUUCCCAGUGAAGCUGGCCUUUGCAUGUACAAUACAUAAGGUACAGGGUAUGACAACCACAUCAGCUGUUGUCUCUCUUAAGAGCAUUUUUGAGCCCGGCAUGGCCUACGUAGCUGUCAGUAGAGUGACGUCUCUCAGUGGACUGUAUCUUCUUGAUAUGGAGGAGAAAAAAUAUUCACCAACCCAGAAAUCACUGCAGCACUUGAGAACAUGAGACAAGCCAACCUUGAUGACAUGAUGCCUCUUCUACACGUGAGACAAACACUGAGCAGGUCAGAGGUUUUCACCAUUGUUCAUCAUAAUACAGAGGGACUGCCAGCUCACACUAAUGACAUCAAGAGUCACCAUGAAUUGUGUCUAGCAGAUGUUUUGUGCCUAACAGAAACACACCUGCGGGGCUCUUUUGUCGCAGAGUCUCUCCACUUGGAAAAUUACAAUUUGUUCAAACGCAACAGACACCUGUCCUACACAAACUUUCCCCAGAUGGCAAACAGAAGUGGUGGUGGAGUUGCUGUUUAUGUGAAAAGUGACAUUCAAGUGCAUGAAAAACAGUACAUCCAUAAUGUAACUGACCUUGAAUUUCUGGCUUUAAAGGUUGAAGCACCAGUCAGUGCUCUGAUUGCAGUUGUAUACAGACCUCCAGACUACACUCUGAGGCCAUUCCUGAAAAACCUGGUAAGCCUAUUAGACUCAUUAGAGAUCAUGGACUGUCAUCCCAUCAUAGUGUGUGGGGAUUUUAAUGAGAAUGUUUUAUCCAGUGCAAACAAACCAAUCAUGGAGCUGUUUGAAUCUAGGGGAUACGCACAGGUCAUCACUGCCCCUACCACAGAGAAGAACACACUGCUUGACCUCAUUUUCAUUUCUCAGCCAGAGCGAUGUCUCCAUUCUGGAGUUAUGAAGACCUACCAUAGUUACCAUGACCCUGUAUACUGUGUAUUGUCCUGUGAUGAUUCGUGAUCUAGAUCUUUGAUGUGAAGCACAUAGCAGCCAGAAACUGUAAUUCCACAGAUCAGAGAGGCUUCAUCAUCACCAUCUUCAUCGCCGUACGAUCAGAGUGUGAGACUUCACAUCUGGAGCACAGGAGACAUUCUGUGAUAAGUCUUCCUUCUAGCUUGUCCCACAAGCAGUCGGUGUUUCCCUCUGUGAUCCAUCCCCUUCAGAGCUGAGACACUCAAGACUGAACAGACUGCACAGUUUCUGUGACUGAGCCUCCAAAACACCUUCUUUGAAACCACGCAUGAUAGAAAGGCUUUAUAUUUGCAGAAGCACUACUAAAGUUGGCAGGACUGUUGCUGCAGGAAAACAUCCCUGGAGAUCACCAUCAUUGUCAGACUGACUGUGCCUCCUCUGUGCAGUGUCAAGAUCCUCCCUAAAUGAGUGUUCCUCAGCUAUCCUGCUUCUGUGCUGCUUGCCACACAUCAAACACUGGCCGGGUGACAGGGAGGAGCCACUCUGAAAUCACUGGACAUGAUGAGGAUCAUAUGGGACUUUAUUUUUUGAUAGAAACAUUGUGCUCUUUGAUUACAGGUUUUAAAUGGACAGAAUGACUGCCUCUCUCUGAUCAACAGGCUAAAGGAUUGUUUUCAUUGUUAGAGCUCUGUACAAUGUAUGCUUAUUUAAUAUUUCAUCACAGAGCAAACCUUUAUUUAUUUAACAUAUUUUAAAUUUGUUUUAAUGUUGAAUUAACUGUGAGGAUUGUUUUAAGUGGGCACUCGGAAUGUCAUAUGACCAGAAAUGUGGUAACUGGAAUUCUACAGUAUGUAAAAAAAAAAUCUGCUAAGAAUGAAACACACACAAAAAACCCCAAGAAAAUUCAAAUUCAUUCCAUGUAAUCCAAUCUAAAACAUUUUAAACUGCUGAACAGCAACACAAACAGUGUUAAAAAACAGUGUUAACAGAAUGAUUAUGAUGAGUUUGUACCAAAGUUUCAGGUCACAUGGCACACCUAGUGUGUAGUGUGGGGUAUCAGCUGGUAAGUAUAGGUUUUUUCAUAUUUCUGUCCUUAGAGUUCAGAUAGAUGAAGCCUUGUGUAUAAUAAUAAGUCAUAACCACAACUCAAAGUCAGGGACUAACUAAAUUUGGGACUUUGUUUCUGAGCCCAGGUUAAAACACAGUGUUAAAAAGCAUUUAGUGGCAUGGCUGAACAAUGCUGUAAACUAAUGAUACUUAUA